AUGGCGACAUCGAAUUGCGAAAGCGAUGCAGACGGGAGUGACAAUAGUUCCGACGAUGACGAGGCCUAUUUUUCAGCUGAAGAGUCCCUGUCGCCAUCUCCAUACUCGCGACCUGCGACCCCGCAACUAUACUAUGAGGUACAUUCGGAAUUGUGUCCCGUAUCUGAGGAUAACGAUUUCGAUCUGACCAGGGCCUGUGACCCGGUGGACCUUGCGUCGAUGGGGAGGGACUAUCGAGCAAGGCGCCACAAGACGACCCCGUCCCAGUACUUGUCGGAUGGUGAGGAUUCUUUUGUUUCUUGUGAAGAGUAUCCCGACGAAGAAACUGCAGACAAGGAGGAUUUCGGUUCUGGGAAGGAAGAUGAUAUCUACCACAGUAUUGUGGGUCCCCCUGUUAGGCCUAAAGGCCUGGUCCAAAGCUUGCAGGACUGA